UAUGACAGAGAAUUUUGCGGGGGGUGGCAGGGGGAGGAUAAGCUUGCUCCUGACAAAACAGUUUCGUCUUUGGGUUCUGAAAACCCUGGUUGGGAAGGUAGAAGCACCAGUGUUCACUUUGGGGUCAGCGAGUCCUUGCUCAGUACGCUAGGAGAAUUCAUUUGCCUUGAGUGUUUUUCCUUUCAAGUCACGUUUUACUGCUGGAGUUACUCAGCGAAUUAAUAGGUAUAGAAAUGCAAAGCUCUUUUCUUAUUACAUUCUAUCGAUCCGAUUGCAGUGUCAUUAAUUGAAAGACUAGGAAAAUGUGAUGGAUAGUUCUGCUCAAGAUUCUUCAUUCGUUUUGGCCCAGAUCUGUUGGAAGAAACGCUGCAGGAAACUGACUGAAAGAAGCCUUUUGGUCUGACGUGAAUUAUUCUUGCUUGGUCAGUCCUUGUGAGAGCGAGCGAGCAUUUGGUCCUAGUGAGAUUUGCCAUGUGAAAUUAUAAACUGAUUCUACUCUCAGAGGAAAAUCAAAACUCAAGAUGCUUAUUUGUAGAGUUGGAAAGAAUCCGUUUUGUACCUCUCUUUUAUAGAUUACAUAUAUAUGAUGGUACAAAAAAACAAAACAAAAAAACAAAAACAAAAAAUAUCCCCCAGUUUUGAUAGAAACAAAUUUUGACUCUAAGGAAGUGGGCAUUUUGCUCUGUGUUUUAAAUAAUUUCAUUUGGAAUAUUGUGCUUGUGAAGUGUUACUUUCCUUCAUCACCGUCACGCCUGUCUCAUUCUAGUGGGGUGUGAGACUCCAGAGAGUGGUAUGUGGUUAGAAAUUAUUUUUUUAGGGCGGUUUUCUUUUUGGAUUGUUUGACCUACAAUCCCUUGAAUUAGCCCCCUGAAUUUAAAUCAGCUUGAGAAUUUUGCAUGUGUACAACAGAUAGGUCCACAUCCAUAUUUAAAAAGUAUAUCUAAGAUGGAAGACUUAAAAGGAAUCUUUUAAAAUAUCUUAAUCCUGUCUGUGAAUGAGAAAUUCCCAGGCUCAAACAAAAACAUAUCAGAUGAUGUCUAGUUUGUUUGCAAAGGCUGAGCUUGUCUCCUUGCUUUCUGCUUCUGCUUCAGUGAGCUGGGCUAUUUUUCUGUUGUGUUUAUUAUUUUAAAUGUUUGAACUUUGACGUGAAUGGGAGGAAUACUCAAAAUCAAAGCACAUUGACAUGACAGAAAACAUCACUCAUCUCUUGUUUUUAAUAAACGUUGUUGUUUGGAGAAGUUUAGGACAUGUUACUAAUAAUACAUGUCCUGCCAAAUAUAUUUUUUUAAUCCCUCGUCUUUAGUAUUUGAAUGGUCUUUCUCAAGGUGUAAUUUCUUCUCCUGGUUGUGCUUUUGGAUGGCAGGAUAAGUCAUCUGCAGAAAGAUAGGAAGUGAGCAAGUUGCCACGUGGCAUGACCUCAUUUUGGAACACAUCUUGAAAACAUGUUUAAUGCUUUCUGUGCACAGAGACAAUGGAUGAUGGUGUGGGGUCCUCGUAACUGACCUUUAGCUUGGUGAGAAACGUGGGCUGCUUCCUCUGAUCAUCAGCUCCUCUCUGAGUGAAAAAGAGGCGGCUCCCACCUUAGGAAGUAAAUCUUGCUGCUGAGAGCACAGGCUGCCUUACCCCUGGUAUUAUGUCUAAAAAUACAUCCUCAGAGAGGCAGGCAUAUGCUCGCGCAUCAGUGUGAAGGAGCUCUCGCCUUGUUCCUUGUACACCCAUCUAGAUGCUGGAGUGAGGAAUUAAAUUAUCCCAGAAGCCCUGCCAGGUUUUGAUUUGCCAUUGUCUCUGCUUCUUCGCUGCCUGUGAACAGGACCCUUGAUGCAGGGCUUUCAGAGACCAGCCGAUGCUGAUGGGGUCCGUGACUUGCCGGCAGAGCCUGCUCCUUCGGUUGUGUUUGUCUGAGCCAUGCUUUUCUCGCUUUUUGGGGAGGCAGAGAGCCCUGGGCAGAGGUUGCACUUGGCAUAUUUCAGCUCCGUUGUCACUGCUGUGGCUGUUACUCCCCUCGGCGAGAGCCAAGGAGCAACCAGGACGCGAAGAUGCUGGUGUUCCCCAUCCUGCUGUUCUCACUUCUCCAGGACCGAGGCCCCGUGGAGGGAACCAAGAUCCUAGACCAUCCCUUAGACAUGAACUGGUUCAUACCUUGCCAGCUGCAUCUCCCUUGCUUCUUCCAGGACAGAGUGGGUUGAAAGAGCCAGCAGGAACUGAAAAGCAUUGUAAACUAAGGAGGAAAAGUAACAAAGAGCUUGAAGACUUUCAUGGAGCCCAGGCCCUGGACGGAGGCAGGCGACAUCAGAGAACCAAGAAAGCUGAGGGGCAGCCAGGAGGCACCUGUGGCUGCAGAGCCCAGACUUGUCUUUGGAAAAGACGCAGAAGAGCCAGUAAACUUGGCUUCCUCACUUUGGCUCCUCAUGUGAGUAUAACUUAUAUUUCUAACUAUUAUGCAAGUGUCAUUAAAUAGCGUAUUUCCCCAGGUUUCUGUGGAAGAACUUCUCGUUUGAUCUUUGCAACGCUGGCACUCUUUUAGAACUAACCACGGAAAAAAACUUGAUGACACUUCCGUGCUUCUUAUAAAAUUCAUCUUCAGGGUAAUUUUAUGGUGUGUGUUUUCCCCCUUGAAUGUUUUAAAGAGCUGGAUUUCUCUCCCUUUGCAGAGCAUUCUAGCAGCUGUGUCUCAUUUGCUUUGCAAGGGCAUUGGAAGAAAUUGCUAUUUUGGAAGUUCCUUAACAUAUGGGAUGAUUGUACAAAGCACUUUACAGUUUGCAUAGUGCUUUCCCAUUAUUUCACCUAGUCCUUUCUCCUAGAAGGCCAGGACAUAUUAUUUGCAUUUUCCAGAAAGGGAAAUACAGGUCCUGAAUAAAUAGUUGAAGCGUGGCAGGACAAUUUAUCUUACUCUGGAAUUAAUAGAUUAAAAUCUGUUCCCUCAGAUCCGUUCAUACCCAUGACCAGAUAGCCUCACAUUUUUUGACCUAGUCAGGUAAACCAGCAUACCCACUAUGGAUCUGAAGACUAUGUGGUCCAGCUAGUUUUAGGUCUGAGUUCUGUCUGAGUGACCGGGUAGUGGGAAUUGUGCUGUUGAGCUGCUUUUAUUAAAAGUGAGAUAGUGGAUGGCCAAAAGCCACAGGUUCUGGGAGCAGACUGCCUAGGUUUAAAUCCAAACUCCAACCUUUAUCAGCUGUGUGACAUUUCUCAGCCUCGUUUUUCUUAUCUGUAAAGUGGGAAUAUUAGUUGCUACUGUAUGGAGUUACUAUGAGGCUGAAUUGACUUAAUUCACUGAAAACUCUAAGCAUAAGCACAUAGCACACAGUAACCCCUCAGUGAAUGUUGGCUGUUACCACGUUGUGAUCCAAAGGGUGGCUACCUGGUCAUUUUUUCUGAGAUUCGUUUAAGUUGAUUUGUUUCGUGAAAUUACACAAAUGGCUCAUUCAAGACAGGAGACAGUUGAUAGUCUUAGGAGGAAGUUGGAGUAGACAGACCAUAUCCUAGUGUUUCCUCUGCUUUUAAGAGCAGUGAUCAGUCCCUCUGUCAUCCUCUUUAAACACAAAACUGCCAUAUUCUUCUUUCCAAAUAAUAUGGGAUUUUGACAAAGGGCCUCAUUCAUUAGUACACACCAUAUUUCAUCCUAGCGCUUUUGGAAUAGUAGCACCCAAAAAAGACAAGGAUGACAUUGGUUUUCUUACAGUUCCAGGUGGAAGUAAGGUAUAGAGGAAAUAGCAGGGAUCUGCUUCAUUUCAGAUGUUCUCUUGUUGAAAUACAAAGGGCUGAGUCCCACAUCUGCUUCUCAUUUGCUGGGUAAACUGGGCAAAGCACUUUGCUUCUCUGUACCUGAAUUUCUCCAACUGUAAAGAGGAAUUAUAAUACCCACAGGACAAUCAACACAUCUCCCACUUGCUGGGACUUUUCCAUGGCAAGUGCCACAUCCUGGGAACCUCCCCAGUCCUAGGAAGACUAGGAUGGUUUGACCCCCCAAAUAUCUGCCUCUCAUCUUACUGGAUUCACCAUAAGGGCAGUGGAUAUAAAUAUGCUUUGAUAUUUCAUGAACUAAAGAGUAUAGUGAACCCAGUUGUGAACGCCCAAGUUCCCAAAAUAUUGCUUUGAAUUACUGGGAAAAAGAAUACAGGGUAUCAUUUCUUAAGGAAGAAUAUACACUUUAAUUUUUGGUGCACCAUUUUAUAAACUGCUUGUAAAUACAUAAUGUGGCUGGCAAUUUCCAUUAUUGGAUAUGCUGUGUUUUACAUCAUUCUUGUAUGUUUAAAUACAUGUAAUCGAAAGUAUACAAAAGGAAUAUUCAUACAGAACAGUUUGGACAGUUACUUUCAGGUCAUGACAAAGAUAAUUUGUAUUGGAAGGACCUCAUUUGAAAUGUCUUUACUUUCUGAAAAAUUCUGUUUUGCAUAUUUUUGAAAGGAUUAUCAUGUGCAAUAAAUUGAUUAAUGAUUAGCCUUAGAAAACUUCAGAGGAAAGCAAGUCUAGGGAAGAUGACAUAACUGACUGUCUACUUGGUAUCUGAAAAAUAGGUACUUACCAAAGGAUAAGAGUCCAUUGCUGGAAAUUAAUCUGAGACAACAUCAGUGUUCAGAAGAUGUGCAGAAAUGUUAACCAAUAUGCACAUUCAGGAAUUAGAGUAGUUUCCUGAAAAUUACUCACUUAGUUUUCUUUCCUAUCAUAGCGCACUUGAGUGGAACUUCAAAAUAUGCAAGUAUGCAUUGGCAUGGAAGUUCGAAGUUAUUUUUUAAAUUUUAAUUUUUUAUUGAAGUAUAGUUGAUUGACAAUGUGUUAACUUCUUACAGCAAAGUGAUUCAGUUUUAUAUAUACACACACUUUUAAAAAUAUUAUU